CAAAGGAAGAGACGAUAGCGAGUUUGGAUAACUCUCUGCUGAAGAUUUUGGGAGAGAUUGGCCUUUUGCAAAAUGACAACAGUUCUUUUAACCUUGCAAAGUUGUCAUUCGAAACAAAGCCGCGCGAACCAAUUUCAACUGGAAGAAAAACAACUUUGACAUUUUUUCUUUCGAUGUCCGCGACCAUUGCCUGUCCCAUCGGCUUUUCCCGCCAUAGCUCAUCCUGUUACUAUAUAAGUACAACGUUGCUAAACCGUGCCGAUGCCCAGACGACUUGCGAGAGUUUCAAAUCAAAUCUGGUGACAAUUACGUCAUCCAAAGAAGACGCCUUCGUCCAGUCCCUCGCGGUCGGUGAGGGCGUGGCGGUGGAUUUCUGGAUCGGGAUCAAAGGCAGGGACGUCGAUUUUAAAUGGAUGGACGGUUCACCUGUGGCGUUUGACUAUUUUGACUGGGACGAUCCAUAUGGACCAUUUAACGAAGGCACCGACUGCAUUCGUUUGCGAGAUUUUACUGCUCUCUGGAACGACAUCUUCUGCGAUCAUCAUCAUCGAUCAAUAUGCGAAGGAUCUGUUGGAGAUCCGUUCUGCAGCGGAGUAAGUGAUGUUUUCGGGUCAUCCUGUUACACUAAGAUCUUGACAACGAUGACCAGAGAUGCAGCGAGGGCCAAUUGUGAGAGUGAUGGCGGUCAUCUUGUCUACAUUGAAACAGAAGCGGAACAUAAUUACUUACUCACGAGUGGGUUCUCUGGAGAUGAAGGAAAGUAUUGGAUUGGCCUUACUAAACGUGUCUCGGGGAGCAAUGAUGACCUAUUAAUGUGGAUGAGCGGCGAACCUUUGAGAUAUACUAAUUUCGGUUACAUUGGCGGAGGAACCGAAUGCUUUCAGCUAGCCGAUGUAGACGGAUACUCGGUAUGGCGUACUGACGGAUGUGCUUCAUGGACGACCAAUGGUUUUAUCUGCGAGUUUAAGAGAGAACGAUCCAAUCAGUUCGUUGCGAAGCAAGGAGAGUGGGUACCUGCCCUUGAGGAUAUCAUCGAUCACGUCAUACGAAGCUCAGUCGGGAGAUGUGCGUCAUCAUGCAUGUCAAACCUCAACUGUGAAUCCUUGGCCUAUACCAGGCUAAAUGGGACUUGCCUUCUUUCCCGCAAUUCAGCCGGGACGCUUAUCCAACGGGAAGGGUUUGUGUUUUACAUCAUGACUAUAGAUUAGGACUGUCCAAUGUUCUUGGUGUAGGCCCGGGGUGUAGGUUAUGCAUUUUUCGUCUGUAGGCCCUGUAAAUAUAUUUUAUUGGAAAUUUAGUUUUGGACAAUUGCGGAUCCAGGCAAGAUUUUGAAACAGAUGGGCGCAAAGCAAAUUCUUAAAAUAGAGGGAGCGUCCAUUGGUAAUUCUCAAAAUAUAGCGGGGGUGUCCGCCCCUUGCUCUCCGAGCUGGAUACCUGGUAUCCAAUUGCAUCCUUGGUCCAGGGGCUUCAUGAAACACGUACCAAUUCAAUGUCUUGAAAAAGGGUGAAAGAAGUAAUUAAAAUAUCGAAAAAUUAAAAGAAGACGAUGAAAUAUUUGUUCCGCACAUUUUAGUAAGUGGACAAAAUUUACCGGCUUGAUGUCGUGAUAUGUACAAAAUGUCUGUGGCAAAUAAAUGGACAAAUUUCGCCGCUUCCUAGCCGUUUUUCAAAAUGUCUACAGGACGGCUUCAAAGGGCUUUUAAAAAGGGAAAACGGCUACAAAAUGGCAAUAUACUCACUGGGAUUGUGGGGCUAAUUGUCAAAAAUAACGGGUAGGCCUACACAUCCAGGUAUUAUUAUUAUUUUUUUUUUUUGGGGGGGGGGGGUACAUUAUGUGAAAAUUACGCCAUCAACAUGACCAAGCCCAAUCACGAUAGAGUUGCUGAUGUGCUAUAUUUGUUAACAGUAUGAUUUCAGAGAUGUAAAGAGAAUUCAGAAUAUAUCGACAAAACAAUUUUAUCGCACUUUUUAAAAUAAUAAUCACCCCGACACCUCCAAGGUGUUUACUCGUUUUAAUCAACUUUACAACAUCGAUAGACAACAGACUUCCAAAUUGUUCACUCUUCCAUUACGAAUCACACACUAUAAAAUUUUGAAUAACCUACAAAUGAAUGGCUCACAAAAAUAUGAAAGAAAACCAAUGCAUUAUGCUCUUUUUGCAAUGCGACACCAGAGACAUUGGAUCAUUUUUUUGCAUGACCUAAGAUAGCAUCCUUUUGGAAUGCGUUGCGUAUGAGAGUGACUGAUUUUAAUCCUAAUUAUUUCCAUUCAUGUGAAACUAUUUUAUUUGGAUUACUAGAACCAUUAAGUCAAUCCACCUUAGCAUUUAAUUUUCAAAUUUUACUUGGUAAACAAUUCAUUUUGCGAUGUAAAUACCAAGAGGCUUUCCCUAGUUUGAAACAAUUUAAUUAUUAUCUUUUUUCUUAUAAAGUUACUGAGGAAAUUAUUGCAAAAAAGAAAAACAAACUCAACAAACACAUUGUAAAAUGGCAAAACAUAAAUAAAUAUUUUUCCAUUGCAUGAAUUUUAACGACCGUAGAUUAGUAUUUUUUGUUAAUCGUCUUUUUGUGAGUUUGUUUUUUCUUCUUUUCAUGUUGUAGUGGUGUUUUCUUUAUGUCAUACGUUCGGUCAUGUAAAUAAAUGAAAAUGUCAUAUUUUGGGGGGUUGCGCUAUACCCCAGCGAUGCCGCCAGAACGACCGUGGACCGACGGGUAAAACCGUAUCCCUUUUCAUUCGGGUUAAUGGAUCGUACUGUCGGCAGGACUAGGUUACAAGUUACUAGUAAAUUAUUCUGAGUACACAAUUUAUUUAGGAUAUUUGUUUAUGUACUUACACAGAUUGUAUCUGAUCACUGUUCUGUUUGAUUGAAGUGCAACGAUAUGUUUUGUAUACUUUGAUUGUUUUUGUGACGAAUAAAAACUGCAAAGAUG